AUGUAUAGAAACAACGACGGCAAAUUGUGUGGCCCAGAUAGACAGCCACUUACCGGAACAACACGGGACGAGCUUCUCUGGUUCUUACGCACAGAACAUGAGGGACAGCACCGGGCCAAUAUUCCGUAUUCUGCCACCACCUACGCCUACAGGCCAUCAGUCCGCAUUGUCGCCGCCAGUGGCUUUCCAGAAAUACCCAUUUACCAUUGGAUAGAUACCUGUAACAAGUCAGUGCCCGUCUAUAUUAUACCCGGCCGACGGUGGCUGCUCCUCCGCGUGGUUCUUCACAACUACAUCUACCGACGUUGGUUCCGUCCAUAUCGAAGCGAAAUCGACCAUGGACGCUUUAUCUGCAAAUUUAUAUAUCCACACCAUUUACCUGACGAACCCACGAUUUCCAUGUUGACGAUUCGUGAUAUCAUCUCUCUUAAUCAAGCCAUCUGCAACCAAUUUGAGGCACAGCGCAGUAGCUAUGCUGAAGAGCGGUGUUCAGAUACCAGAUGGGUCGAAAGCGACUAUAUCGAGGGCAGUCUGGAUCAUCACAUUCUUCAACCUUUAUUUCAGGCCUUGCUCAUUGUUGUAUCUGGCGAGAAAUACAACAAGGAAACAUCCGAGACCGUCGGGGAUCUUCCGGUGUACUUGGUUCGCACAGGCGUGGAGGAAGGACUCAGCGCACCCAUCUCUUUUGAGUCUAUAUCAACCAAGAUUAUCAGCCACCUGAAGCCCGGACGUGUUGUCCAAGUUACGGCGGAGACUGCCAUUGAUUUUGUCAAGGGAUUGGAGGCUAGAGAGGCUGCUGCGUUUGGGUUGCGGCCUGACCCGGUAACCGAUUGGGAACCACCAGCGCAUAUGAUUGAAGAUUGGAAGCUGACGGGAGAGACUGAACCGCUGGCUGGACCAAAUUCUCAGUGGGUGAAUACUGAGAAGCAUCCGAACUGGACUGGGAGUGGCGAACGAAAUGACUCUGGGCUCAUGACUCGGUUUGAAGAACAGGCAUUUAGGUUGGAAGCUAUGAGAGAGGCUGGGAUGUAG